AUAAAAUUGUGUCAUAAUAGAAUUGGCCGUCGUCGUCACACUGCAUUGCUGCUUCUUCUGGCAAGAAAUAUUGAGUAAUUAUUUGUAAAAAAAAAAUAUUUCGUAAUUUUAUAAAGUUUUUUUUGUAAAUUGUAUUAUUAUUGUGGAAACAAAAAAAAGUUAAUAUUGAGUUCGCUUUUAACCGGAGAAGAAAAUGAUAAAAACGGGGAUUUUAUUGUUGCUGGGUUGCGUAAUCUUGGUCACCGAGGGACAAAGACAACUCGCCCAACCGGAUCCGAGAUCUUGUGUGAAUCGGGUUCGUCACGCCCGACGUGGCAAUCACAACUACUUUUUCUCCUGGGAACAUCCCCGCACGCGUAACUUGGAAGUCGACUGGCUCGAUGCGCGCAACAUUUGCAGACGUCACUGCAUGGACCUUGUCUCCAUGGAGACGCCGGAUGAGAACAACUUCAUCAAACAGAGAUUAGCAAAUGCCCGGAUCCGGUACAUUUGGACGUCCGGGAGGAAAUGCAACUUUGAAGGGUGCAACAGACGCGACCAACAACCGAAUUUGAUCAACGGAUGGUUCUGGUCAGGAUCCGGGGUCAAAAUCGGACCCACGAAUAAUCGCGCGAAUGGAGAUUGGUCACAUUCCGGCGGGGCGGGAAGGGCCCAACCGGACAAUAGGGAGAUUGGACAGGGCAACGAUGAAGCUUGUCUCUCCAUUUUAAAUAAUUUCUAUGGUGACGGAGUUAAAUGGCACGACGUUGCCUGCCAACAUUUGAAACCUUUCGUGUGCGAAGAUUCCGACGAGCUACUGAAUUUCGUGAGAUCGCGAAAUCGUGGUCUCCGACUGUGAGAGAUUGAGCCAUGAAUUUCUUCAAGGAUGAAAUUAAAGCUGGAAAAUAUGGGUGGGUGGGAUUAGCUACAUAUAAAUAUUUUUGUGGAUCCUAAAAUUUAUAUUAUAGCAAUAAGUAUGUAUAUAUGUAGGAAUUAUGCACUCUUAAAAAUAAUGUCACCCUUUGUGAAAAGUAAAUGAACUCUGGAGUUUAAAUGAAGUAACUCGAGAUUUAUGGUAACUGAACAAAGAGAAAAGUUCAGUCUGGAUUGGUUUACAUAAUUUAGAAUUCUGAGUGCAUUUUUUAUUUUUCUAAAGGGUUGCCGUAUUUUUAAGAGUGUGUAUAGCUAAGGAAAUUUAUACAUUUUUUAUAUACUUACUUAUUUAUUAGCAUAUCCAAAUUUCCGCCAAAGUCAAUGUUAUUAUGCAAAACUUAAUGAAUUUACAAAUUAAAAUGUGCACUUCUAUAUUUUGUGACAUGAAUUUUUUUGGAAGGAUUUAUUACUUUAUUAGUGGUCAAAUAAUAAAUAAAUCGAUCCUAUUAUGAGUCUAUUUAACCGAGAAUUCUAUACUACAGAGGUUAAUGGAGAUGCAUUAAAUGAACCUAUUUAUGGUGAAUGAAGUUACAAAAAAUUGUAUUAAAAUUAUGUACUCGGUUUGAGGUAUAUGUUGGAAACGUUAUGGCCACCAAUUUAUGUACCUAUGCAAAUAAAAUAAUCGUUAAAUAAGGUUUCAAAAAA